AUGAUUGAUGAAUAUGAGGAGAUGGCUGUUGUAUCGACCAUCAUUCUCCAUAACUUUUGGAGCGGGUCGCCAGCGCGAGGCUUUGACUUUGCCCUUCUGCAGCUGCCCCUCAACUCCAGCCAACAGCCUGUCAAACUCAUUUCAGAUGACGCAGUGCUGGUGGAAGAGGAGCCGCUGGCAAUAGCAGGCUGGGGCCGAGUCCAAGGAAGCGGGCCAUUUGCGCUCACCUUGCAAGAGGCUGAUGAGCUGCCAUUCAUCUCGCCUGAAAGAUGCGAGCCAACAGACAUAGGCAGCGCAGCUCAGGACUUGCUAUGCGUUGGUGUUGGGAAGGCUGGUUCGUGUGCUGGCGACCAAGGUGGCCCCCUGAUCCGGAAAAACUCAUUGGACCCCCAGAAUUCAACCCUGGAUGAAUUGGUGGGCAUCGUGACGUCGAUACCAAGUGCCUCCUGUGCGCAGUUGGGCCUGCCAUCCGUGUGCACAGGCAUCCAAAAAGUGAGCACAUUCAUUGAGCUGAAUAUCAAGGACCUGGAGCGAUAA